AUGAAUCAAUCUAAAAACAAACAGUAUUUCAAGUUACUCCUAUUAGGUGACUCAGGAGUGGGUAAAACAGCAAUAAUUUAGAAAUACAUCAACUAUCAAUUCAACUCUCAAUUCAAGUCAACUGUCGGAGUGGAUUUCCUGCAUAAGGCGGUGAACAUUGACGACAGAGAGGUAGUGAUGCAAAUUUGGGAUACUGCAGGCCAAGAACGAUAUCAAUCUCUAGGUUACUCAUACUACCGAUCAGCUGACUGUUGUGCACUUGUGUUUGAUCUCUCUGAUUCUGAUUCAUUUGAAAGAGCAGCUAAAUGGAGAGACAUAUUUUUGAAGUUUGCUGAUCCACUUGACAAGCAUACCUUUCCAUUUGUCUUAAUUGGGAAUAAAUGUGACUUGAAGAAGAGGCAGGUUCACCAUAUUAAGGCUAAGGAGUGGUGCCAAAACUUAGCCAACCAAUGUGUCGACGCAGUUGAGUCCAUCAGGGAUAGUCAAUUAUAGAGUAAUUUGGGCGAUAAUCUAGAUCCAAUCUAGGUGAAGUAUAUAAAUAGGCAAAAAAGAAAUGAAUAGAACUACACGAUACCGUACUUUGAAGUAAGUGCCAAGACUGGGACUAAUGUGGAUGAAGUGUUUGAGACCAUGUUGAAAUUAGCUAUGGCUCACUCAGAAAAAUUCGCAGAUUAAUCCAAGAAAAAGCUAAUGCUUUAUGACAAAGCAGAUGACUAGAUGUUUAAUGAACAAGGCCUCUACUUAAAGAAGAUGCACAUCAAAAAUAAAGAGAAAAUGAAUGGUGGAUGCAGUUGCUACUACAAUUGA